GGGAGGAAGGGACGGAGGAACGAUGGCUCUGAAAGGAGUCUUCAAGGAACGACUUCUUCAGAUCGUUUCGGUGGCAACACAGGUGGCCAUAUCUCGGCGAGUGCAGAGGUACAAGCUCGCAUUGCGCGGGCGUCAAGACGCCGAAAACAGCCGAACAAGAUCGACCUCGAACCAGUCAACGCCAAUGAUAUGGGGAUGGAGUGUAGACGCAUCGUAGAACGCGUUUUCGUUUGAAGUUGGCGUCUUGUUUGAAAGUAGAUGUGACAGAUUUGCGUAGAAUAGGGUAAGAUGUUAUCAUGAACGGAGAUGAAAGGGCUUUUCCAACACGGAGAUGUAGCAUGGAUCAAAGCAUUUGUUGGAUUUCAGCUUUUACAAGAGGACAUCAACGCAGUAGUAUUUUAGCAAGCUUACGAACGCAUGUAGGAUACCAUAAGGAUU